ACAAACUGAAUGGUCUAGAAAAUAGAAAUACACAACUCCAAUUGUAGAUGUUGAAUUGAAUUAAUUAGCUUACUGACUCACUAGAAUGUAUGAAAUAUGAGUCACCAAUUAGGCAAACUUUAAACCUGUGAUUCCUGUCCCUCCCCUAACACUAUAUAAGGGACAGCAUUAACCUCCUCUCUGCAAACUCUCUUCUUGUCCUCAGGUAGACAGCUCAUUUUAGAGAUUCAUCAUGAGAAAUCUUAUUUUCUUUCAGUUACUUUCUUCUGUUUGUUUCUUCACUUUGAGUGAAGUUGUAGAUAAUCAUUUUAGUAAAUGCACAAAGUUCUUUUUGGACGACACACCUCCUGACUUCACACCACCAACGGGCGUUUCAGUCAAGCCCAUCUGCCAGUGUCUUUGGGAUGACCAUGAUGAGCAAAUUUAUCUGUACGCAACUUUAUACAGCACAUCCUGGAAGAUUCCCAUCUUCUCUGCCUAUGUGUUUCAAAGCCCAAAUAUUGGGAGAUGUGACGCUUGGUACAUUGAACCACAGCUGGAUGGAGAUUCUGAGCCAUGCAUGCGUCCUAAGGGCUAUGGUAAAAAUAUUGGUCAAAAUCAGGCUGUAACUAAAGAUUACUACAACUCUUUCUAUGAUAAAGGUCACCUCUAUCCAGUACUUCACACCAACAAUCAUCUGUCAAUGCUGGCCACAUCCACACUGACCAACGUGGCUCCACAGAAUCCAACUUUCAAUCAAAAUGUUUGGCUGGAACAUGAGAAAGCUGUGAUUAAAGACCUGAAAUCCUGUGAAGUGGCUUAUGUGUUGACUGGUGUAGUUCCUGACACAAACAUCAAAAUGAACAAUAAAGUAACUGUGUCAAAGUAUUACUGGAGAGCCACCUGCUGCCUAGAGAAGGGUCAGUACAUAGGGCAGGGCUACUAUGGACCGGACAACAAUGGCCUUGUGAAGAAAUUAACAAUAAAAGAUCUUCAGAACCUACUCAAGGGUUUUUACCAAAUAAUUUUUUUUCCAAACAUACCAGCGCAAAAUAAAAAACCCACCUAUACAUGCAACUGAAAAACUGCCACUAAUCAACUUUUAUUGCAGUUUGCAUACCAAAAAAACUAUGUUCCUCAUCUAAUUUUCAUGUCUAUCUAAUCUGAUUUUUACAGUAUAGGCCUAUAUUUAAAAUCUCUUGUGGGACAACAUAUAAAUAUUUGCUUUUUUCAGACAGGUGGCAGAAAGGCUAUUUUGUGUGAUUCAGAUGUUUUUUUUUAAUUCAGUAAGCAAAACAGUCAAAGGGGGCAUGCAAUCUGAUUUCACAAACAUGAAUCUGUGUUCUUUCUGAUGAUGAAUCCAAUGUAAAUGCUAAUAGGUUUUUGUUUGUUUCUCGCAUCCUUAGUUUUCUCUGUCAAUCACUGAACUAGAUAUGUGCUAAGUGAAUAAAAUACUUUCUAUUGUACUGUGA